AUGCAAUUAUCACUGUCAUUCAAGUCAUUCAUAUUCUUCCUCUACUUCUCUCUAAUCACCACAUCAGCUUAUCAAUUGACCUUCAACGAGAUAACCAACAAUAUGGCUGAUAAAGACGUCAUCGUGCAAUUUAAGAAAUCAUCUUCUACCGAGGAAAGACAAAAGAUCAUCCAAGAGCUUAAAGCUAAAGGAGCAACUGUCGUCAAAGAUGAUAAUAUCAAUUCCAAGAUCCUCCCAUUCAUAACUGUUCGCCUCCCCGAAUCGGACUUUUCAACUCUCCAAGCUGAUUUCGGAGGUGAUCACGAUGUGGUAGAGAAUGUUGAGGCCGACCAAGUGGUCACCACUCAAUAA